CACAACCACUCUACCAACCAGUGCUGGUGGCCGUCCCAAGACAAUGUGUUGUGAUAAGGAAUUACGGUGAUUAGAAAAUAAAACUGUGGGAAUAUCAUUGCUUACGUAAUUUUAAAGACAAUGAAUUAACGUCACGGGAGUUCAUUCUCUCUGUUAUCAACAUUGUUCAAAUUCGUGUAACGAGGACUACCAGGAUAAAAGUUUCUCGGCCAUGAUCAUCACCCCAGGCAUGAAGAAGGAAAUGGCCAGCCGACAGCAAGAGGCUGCCCGAAGGAUGGCGCAGAGGCAGAUGGCGCUGCAGGUAGCGUCGGUGCGAGAGCGCCUUGAGUGGUUCGCGCCCUUCUUGCUCUCAUCAGCGACGUUCCUGCUCUUCGGUUACCGCAAGACCCGGAGCUCGGUCGUGCUGUACCCCCUGGUGCCCAUGUGCUUUGCCCUGGGCUAUCAGGUCGAUUUCGCUUUCGGAAAUAAGACAAACAGAAUUAAAAAUAUCGCGGAAGGCAUCAUGAGACACGAGGGACACCUGAUCCAUGUGCCCGAGUGGCACUACAGCGAUCCCCCUCAGGCAAAAUCACGGUGGGCGCCCCUCUUAUCUCGCCCACACCCCGACACGCCCACACCCGGUGCACAUGCCAGGAUAAAAGAAUCUUUAACGGAAACAACAGAGAAAAAUGAGUAAAAAGGGAUAAAAUGGAUGGUAAUGAAUUCUAUGUAAAGAGAAGAUAUCAAAAUGUAUCCAAGAUGCAAUAAAGUGCCAUAAAAAUC